CAGCAUGCUAAACAUGACAAUACAAACCCUGAGCUAAAAGACACGUUCGUUAAUCUUCUUGUCAGUAAAUGGGCGAGAAAUAUAAUCACAGAGAAGAUAUUUUACAAAUCCAAGUGGCAAUAUGAGCGAUGCCACGACCAUCAUGCUUCCAGAUGGCAGCGAAUUAGAUUUAUCUGAUCUAACCGAAGACGAACUUCUCGAACUGUACCAAAGUUACGAAAAGCAUUUAGCUAAUUCUCUGACCAGUGUAGGCACGCUUGUCGGUGGUGGUUUUACUUCGACUUUAGACUCGUGUCUUGGCCCAACGACAUGGCAGACCAUGCAAGUGGCAGCGAAAUUAUUUUCAUUGUGUUUAAUACUUCGUGUUGUAACGCUUGUUAAUAUACCUACAAAAAUGAAGCAUUUCGUAUCGUGUCUCACUGGAAUUGCUACAUUUGUGAUUUUCUUUGGCGAACAUUCUAUGUUGUAUCAUCUACUAACACUGUGUGGCGCGGGCUAUAUGCUCAUAUUUAUAGCGGCAAAGCACAAAGGUGGUGUUGUCAGUUUAUUCUGUGUUGCAUUCUUGUUGACAUGGUAAGUGAAAUACAACACUGUCAGAUAUUUAAUUAAGUGUCAUUUCAUUCAUCUAUAGGGGGAGGUCAAAACUGGCUCAUUAACCCAUUAAAAAGGGCAAUUGUACGUUUACUUUGAAUUUUAUUCUGCCUAUUUAAUUAUUUGCAGUUGUUUUAUUCAUGCAGUGAUGGUCCUUGUCCAAUAAUUGCCCUGAAAAGAGUAAAAUUGUCUAGCAUGAGGGUGUAUUAUUAUUACAACUUUAACCCGUCAACACCAACAAUUACUUGGUGCUAGACAGCCUGAAUACCAUUUACAUAAAAAUAUAAUUGCCUGUGCAAACAAAAUGAAAUGAACAAAGCUGGGCAGUUUUGGAACAUUGCAGCUUAUGUGUGAAUAGGAAACAUGAUAAAUUGUCAUGAGUGUGGUUAUGUACUCCAGUGAAAUUAUUUGAGAUGAUGCUACUUUGAGUUCCAAAAUACCACCUACUCAAACCGAUGUGACUUCAUAGCUUUCUGUUGGUAGAUUACGAUUAGCAUUUUACAAUUAGCGUUUCCUACAGUGCAAAUUUGCAUGUGGAUAUAAUCAAAUGUGCUUUACAUCAAGUAUUAUAUAUGCUUACCCAGCCUAGAGCUAGGCUAUCUAUUUUUAUUAUUUUUUUAAUAUUCAGCGCUUUUUCACAUGAAAAGACUGGGACUAGGUGAUUUGGGGGCGGGGCGGAGGAUGCGCAAGCGAAAAAAUAGAAGGCCUAGUGGAUUUCCCAACAACAAUGCCAAAACUGCCCUGAAACUGCCCUGGUUGCGAAAUACCCAAUUAUUGCGUUCUCAAACAGAAUUAUUUGCAACUUAACAGCGAAUUUAAACCGAUACAGGUAAAAUGAACUCAUUUAUAGUAUAAACUUACUAUUUUUAUUUGUAUACACGCCUAGAAAAUCGGGUUUUUUAUCAUAAAGUUUGAAGCAACAUUAUUAUUAUGUUGCGAAAGGUCAAAAUGAGUCAAAAUAUUACUACAAAAUAGAACUUAGUUUAGUCAUAAAAUGUUUUUAUAGUUAAUGUAAUUAUAACUACUGGACAGUAUAAAUUGCUUUAGUUGUUGGUUUCUGAUCAAUUUCGGAUCACAAAGUUAUGGAGCUAAUUUGAGAACUUGUGAAAUCUACUAGGCCUUUAUGAGGCAAAAAUGACCAUUGCGAUAAUUACCAGCCGAGUAAAGGCCUAGGUUUAGGCUGAUGCUUACCUAAUUAUAUAGACACAUAAAGUUAGAAAAUCAACAACUUGUUUCAAGUUGAUAUCGACAGGCGUGAACAAGGUUGUGCGGCCCACUAUGAACAGUAUUGUCAACAUGUUGUUACAACAUUGUUCAACUGUAACAACUUGGAACAACAUGGUUGACAACUUAUUCAUAGUUGGCCGCACAACAUUGUUCGCGCCUGUUGAUAUCAACUUGCAACAACCUGUGUAUUUUUAGCUGUGUACUUAGCCUUGCCUAUUUCAUCUCUAUAAAGUAUAACAAUUGUGAUAUUACAAGUAUUGUCUUAAAAUUAACUGAAUUUAUCCUAACCCAUCCUGUCAACUGUGGGAGGAAACUGGAGCACCCGGAAAAAACCCAUGACUUUCAAGUUUAAAAUUCACAGUCCGAGAAUCAAACUCAGAGGUGAAAGGUCACAGUUUUGAUUCCCAACAUGGUCAAGCAAACUUCAGAUUUCCUGGUGUGAACAGACUCAGAGUAAUAUCAUCUCAAAGAAACAUGAUUAUUUAUUAUGUAUCGAUCAAUUCGAAACUUCACCACCCCCCCCUGGGCCGACCCCGGGAAUUUGAACUUUUUGAAAUUUGACUGAUCAAAUGCUCCACCCCCUGUGCAAAAAUGUCUUCAAAUGCCCCACUGUAACAAGAAAUUAAGCGUUCAAAUGCCCCACCUUCACAUGAAAAUUAUGAAACAGUAAAUACAAAAAGUACAAAAUAUACGGAAAUGUUUUUCGACAAGAUAGCGAAAUUCACGUAAAACGUUUGGAUACGACCUUGUGGAAAUUUAACAGUUUUACACAAUUAUAUAGUACAUACCUUCAAAUGAAGCACAUAGAUUUUCCAUGCCCGUUUCUUUGAGCCAGUUUUUCACAAAAUUGAGGCCGUUUCCCUUGAAUCUGAGAAAACUGUAUUUGCCGCCAAUGCGAAGUAUUUUCUGUGCAUGCAGGAAGCACGCGAAAACGGGCAAAAUUUUAGGACUUACGGUUCAAAUUCCCCACCCCGUUAUCAAAUGCCCCACAACAUGGAAGACCUAGAACGUCAAAUUCCCUACUCCCUGGAGAAGACUUGAAGUCAAAUUCCCGGGGAAUGCCCGGGGGGGGGGAUGAUGAAGUUUCGAAUUGAUCGGUACAUUAUUGGGCAGAUAAACCAGUCAACGGCCAAUACUUAUCCCCUUGACAAAUAAAAGUAAUUCAUAAAGACAUACAGUGGUGUCACCAUUGUGUAGGUGGUGGUGAGGGGGGGGGGGGGGACAGGUACAGUACGUACUCAGUAGCAUUUUUGACCAGGCACCCCCAAAGUGGUGAAGCCUUUGAAAAAUUCUUGAUACAAGAUUGCUUAACCCAUUGAGUCACAUUGCGCGCGUAAUGGCAACUGGCCUAUCCACCCAAUAUGUGUCUAGUUAACCCAUUGAGUUGCAUUGUGCCCUGAUGUGUCCUACUUUAUUAUUUCACUCUGUCUUAUGCCAGACGAUUUUACUCGUCAAGGGGAGUGCGCUGGCGCUUAAUGGGUUAACCAAGAAUAUAAUUAAAUUCUCAAGUGUCACAUAAUAAAAGAAAAUCUACAAGUCGACACACUUGCGUGCCUACCAUUUCUCACGUGGAUGUUAACUGGGUGUACUUCAAUAGUUUAUUAUUCAAAAGUUGUUUGUGGCAAGAACAUAGUGUUCAUCCAUUGGUGUCAUUUUGUGACUCACUCAGAGCAGGUUUGUAGAACAACAUGCAAAUGGCUAUCAGGUUGGAUCAAAUGACAGGACCAUCGAUAUAGAAAUUGCUUGGGAAUGGGAGUAACAUAGUGUAAUAGUCCCAUUUAAUACUCCCAUACUCUCAUAACUCAUAAGGUAAUUUUCUACUAUUUUCUACGGUCGGCUAUUGGCGAUGCUUCCGCGAGGAAUAUGUCAUCUGCUGACAUAUGUUUUUUAUUAAUACAUAUGAACUUCAAAAUUUCCAACGUUUCUCAAAACAUCUUUUUUGCAUGAAAUAUUGACAAUUUUAGCGCGUUUUUCUAAUAUUGACAAUUUUUAGCGCGAUUAAAUUUGAGUGUUUUCAAUGCAAGGAAGGCGUAAUAAUAUAAAUGUAUAGAACAGGUAUGGUAUUACGAAUAUAUGGACUGGUGUUUGUAUCAAGUUGUUUUCUUUUUCAUAUUCUGCAAAGAUGAUUCCGAAAUGUUAUGACUGAUGGCUUUCGAAAAAACUAUCGAAUGUUUCCAUGAUGUUUUGCGGAGAAACGUCACAGCUGAAAACCCUCCACCCCCAAACGAACAUAUGACGUUUCUCGUGGACAAAAAUCGAUAUGUGCAUGAGGCUUCCCUUACAAUUUGUGUUAUUAAAUGUGUGGAGCUUCCUUUGCCUUUUGAGGCCCUUGGUGGAGGCAAAUGGUGGAGGCCUAGCUUUCUAAAACAUUUUCCGUGUUGAUAUACAGUUAUAUUUCCCAAUUUCCACGAGUGUUGAUAUAACUGUUUGUCCCAUAAAUGAGCUUCAAAAACCGUUUUGAUUGGUCGACAGCCUGCCGGAAUGAUUUGAUACUCACCUGCUAGAUUUGAUACACACCUGCUAGAUUUGAUAAGGAACCUCAUUGGCUAAUGACAGUUAAAUUUGGCUUUUUUGGUAAUUUUUACCCUUCGUUAAGAUAAUAAAACAGUUUAUAUAUUUUGUAAAGUCUUGUUUAUGGGACAGACAAGUCUUGUUUAUGCUACGCUCGGUAGACAUCAAAUCCAUUGGAUAUCGAUUUUCCAUUGGAUAUCGAUUUUCCAUGCAUUGGAUAUCAAUUGCGGUUUACCUCAAAAUCAUAUCGUAACUUAUAAUGACAAUACGGAAAAAUGUUUUAUAUUUUUUUAUAAUAUAGCACAAAGUCUUUGUCAAAGAAAUAUAAAGAAAAAAAUUUUCCGUGUUGGCAUUGAGUUAUGUCAACACGGCUCUUAGCCAAUCAGCGUUCAGAAUUUAUAAAUGCUAUAUUAUAAUAUAAUUUUCAACAACAAAGGAAUCUGAGCCACACAUUGGGUAUCCGUUAAAUUGACUCUCAUUUUUUACCAUUAAUUGCUGUUUUUAAGUGAAGUGGUUGUCGUAGCUUCUGAAGAUUGGAAUCCAGUGAAAGGUAUUAAAUGGUCAUUUUUGUACCGUAAUCCUACACAGUCUUGUCUUUCUUGUACGUUUUUCAAUUAGUACUGGUAUGUAUUACGAGGACACAUUCGGCAAUUUAUUAUCCAUUGUUAUUAAGAGGCAAUACCGCGUAUUUGCGAUGAAAAGUGUUGAAAGUUUGCCGGGGGGAGGCAGUUGAAAGUUUGCCCGAAAUUUUUAUGGAGGAUUGUGAUGAAAUUACCUGAAUUUAACCUAUUUUCUGAUAAAUCUGCCCGAAUUUUCUUGAUUUUUCCUAGCAUUUGCCUGAAAAUUAGUUGCUCCUGCCUCCCUAGGCCUGUCAUGCGUAUACAUUCAAAGCUAUAAUUAUAUAUACAACUACAAAAAGCCAAACAAAAAUUUAUCAUCACACAUUGAUGAAAUAACUGAACCACGAUUAACGCAUGCCGUCAUAUCAUUUCAUUCAAUGUGUUUGGUUAAAGGAAGAGAAGUGAAUUGAUGAAAUCCUUUUUGUCACUUAUAUUAUAGGCACAUUUAUGGUGCUCAGUAUGAAAAUAAUCUCAUUUUCAUUUGAUGUGGAGAAAGGUGUGAUUGCUGAAUUUCCAGACAUUUUGGCGUACAGUGGCUAUGUUCUCUGUCCGUCUUCAAUAAUAUUCGGGCCUUUCAUGAUGUACAAAGAUUAUUGUCAAAUUUUACAACAUCGUCCAAUGGUAUGUCUUCAUAUAUGUUUUUCAAUACCGACGACUUCAGUUGUGGAUGGAAAUGGCGCUUGCUGCCAAUAAACGUACGGAAUAUAGCUACACUGUAUAAUUAUUUAUCACUGCAUACUUGUGCCUUUAUCAGGGCGACAACAGGGUGACAUAAAAACGAUAUCGUCACUGUAUAUUUGUCACUGUCAAAACAAAGAUGGCUGACUCAAGGUUCGUGUUUAGUCGAUGUUGACAACUUUAUUCGUUGGUAGGGCCAUGCAUCUACCUGAAAAAUAUAUGGAGAAUUUCGACGUUUCGAGCGAAGGCCCAUCGUCUUAUAGCGCAUUUAGGCUUGCAUUAGUUUUCAAUGCAGUACUAUAAAACAAAGCUUCCCUAUUUGAAAAAAUCAAACAAUGCUUUGGAAUAUACUCAUCAAAUAUUUCCUUAUAGCUAUUAAUAUAUGACGUGACACUUGUUAACAUUUUUACAAUUAAUUAAAUUUUUUUGCAGACCCUGACGUGGUUUUUGUCACUAGUAAGAUCCAUUUUAUUGGGAUACAUUUUCCUAAUCCUAUCAUCAUGUAUUUGUCCAUGGAUUUUUCCAGAAGAAAGUAAUAAGUAUGUUUGCCACGUGCUUUAUAAGAUUGUUUCCUCAUGUCGAUGGGCAAGUGCUCUGAUCAUGUCAUCAGGAAAAAUACUAUACUUAUGCAAAUUUCACGUUCCUGCUACAAAUUUCAUCUUCCAUGUCCCCGUUUGUUUAUUCAACAGAUGGUUGAUAGCGUACCAGACUGCAAUGUCGUUUCGAUGCAGUAAUUAUUUUAUUGGUUUUCUCUCGGAGUCUUCGUGUCUGCUGUGUGGUAUUGGUACGGUUGUGAAGGAGGAUAAAGAGGAAAAAAUAGAAUGGUAUAACAAUGCGUUCAUCGUACAUCUUCGACCCAUAUUUUUUGUCAAUAUAAAGGGGCCUAAUAAAUGUAACUUUUGCGUGUUCUGAGACCUCCAGGAAACCUAACGGCAUGAACCCUCUGGCUCGCCCUACGUGUAGAUUAUAAUUUUUGCAAAUUGUUGUAAUAUACUGCAUAUUCAUAUAUAUUUGGUCUGAUGUAAUGUGCAUUAUCUACAGUUAGGUUCAUUCACUAAUGUUGGUCUGCUUUCUUUGCAGGAAAGUUCCAGUUUCUCGUCCGCAGCAUGUCGAAUUCCCUAGAUCAUUUGUAGAGAUAGCUAUACAUUGGAGUGUUCCUAACCACAUCUUUCUAAAGAACUGUACGCAAUAAGUACUUAUCUCUUAUAUAUCAUAUUGCAUGCAUUUGACUCUAAAAAAGUGAGCAUAAUUGCGAUAGCUAGAUAUUUCUUUGCGACUAAAAGUUGCUAUGUGGACUCAAUGUGUUAUUAUUUCAUUGCGAUUUGUAGUCGAGGUGUAGUAUAGUGUCCACUUUGCAUGAAGCUCUUGAGAUCAAGUAACAAAGAAAUUCAUAUCGUAGGCUAUAUAAUUUUGCUAUUUCUAUUUUGCUUGAGGCAGUUUUGCAUUAAUUCAGUCAGUGGGCCAGUGGCACUAUAACCUAUAUACACCACUGUUAUGUUUUUCUCUUGUAAUAGGCUCGACUGCAGAUGACAACGAGAAGUCACAUCUUUUAUAGUUAUAACAUAGUUUACUUACUUCAUAUUAACAGAAUGCGAGGUCUUGUACAGAGAAAUAGCGGACCGAGGUCUUUUUUGGUUGAAGAAAACAAGAAAAUACCAAUGUAUUCCUUCUUUUCCACUAAAAACCAUUCGCAGAUAUCUUAUUAAUAACAAAUUAAAUUAUAAUUUUCAAAUGUUCAAUUAGUUUUGCUGAUUUGUUUUAAAAUGCAUGCGUUUGGACCGUUGAAAGUGCUUCUCAGCCAAUCACAGUCCGCCAUUUCACCGGAAGUGAUGCUUGCAAUAUAAUAAUUGUACUUAUUUCCCUUAUAUACCUUAUUUAUUUUAUAGAUGUUUUCAAAAAAGCGCGUGGAUUAGGUCCAUUUCUGUCAAUGUUCGUUACAUUUGCUGCUAGUUCUAUUUUACAUGUAAGUAUUCACUAAUCAACAUUGCAUUGGUGUCUGAAACCCUAGUAUAGUCUAGUGGCAGAACAACUGAACCAGCAAUAUAUGUAUAUGUAUCGACUGAGAUAACUGCGUUUAAAUUUGAGUUAACGUUUCUGGAAAUAUCGAAAAUUAGUAAAAAACGUACGGCCUAUUAAAGGUAGGGUACAGUUCGUAUGUAAACAAAGCCUUUGUUUACAUUUCGGUAUUCAAAAUAUCGAACUUUAUUCGACAACUAUUUGUAUUUUCUUGCCUCUACAGUAUAAUAAAUGAUCAAGAUAUAACAAUCAGGCUUUGCAAUAACAUAAAAUGAAAUAAAAACCUAAUUAAAGUGUUUAUAUCACGGCAGGAGACUCCUAUGUGCGCAUGCGCAGACCGGACUGUACCCUAUCUUUAAAUGUUAAUACCGCAAUUACCUGUGCGUAAGGUACACUGCAGUCGAAAUGUAUUCGUUCGUAAUUUUCCAGAUAAAAUGCUAUUCAUUAGGAAAUGCAUGUCCCCCAACAAGAAUGCAAUUUCUUGCCUGUGUGAGCAUGCAGUCGAAGGAAUUUCGGACUAUCUGGGGGUCCAGGUUGCAGCAUGUAUACAAUUGCCUAAUGAAGCUCUCUCAAAUUAUUUGGUUGUUGAUCAUGUGGCACAUUCCACAUUUGGUGCUUCAAGCAGCCCCAAAGGAAAAAAUUGCACACCGUCAGGUCAGGAGAAAGAGGGGGCCAAGGCGAAUCACCCUGUUUAUUCAUCAUGCAGUCGGUCAGGAAAUUGCCCACGAAAGUAUCGAAUAGUUGCGUUACUGGUUGUAAAAAUUAGUUUAAUAGGCCGUUUUUUCUAAUUUUCCAUAAUUUUGAAAAUGUUUACUUAUUUUCAAACCCAAAUAUCUCGGCCAAAACUGUGUUAAAAUACACAUGCAUGGCAUGCAUCAAAUUUUUAGUUAGACAUUACUGAACUAAAUGCUUCUUAAAGUGUAAUAGCUCUUUUAAUUUUUAAGUUAUACUGAAUCAAAGAGGAGUACUUUUUUGGGGGCCACCCGGUAUACAGGAGGCGUCGAAUAUUCGUACAAAGCCAGCAUGCAUGCUUUAAUUGUAAUUCAAAUAGAUAUCAUCGUUACAACUAGUUACCUGCCUUUUUUGUUUUAAGGGUUUGAGUUUUCAAAUUGCUGCUGUACUUGUAUCAAUAGCGACUUAUGCUUAUGUUGAACACGGUAUGUAAAUGCUUAUUAUACGAUGAGUGAAUUUGCAUCGUUUUCACGAAAAGAAUGAGAAAAUGUUUCCAUUCAGGUAUCCACUUUCCGAUUCUUGUCUUCUUUUUGUAGCAUUUAGAAAGAAACUAUCUCGUGUUUUUAGUAUGUGUAUUGAGGCAAGAAAAUGUAAACCUGACUGCACUCACCAGUUUAAAGAGGUAAGAAAUCUGUUGGAAAUUUAUUUAUUUGCAAUUGCCAACUGUUAAAAGUGAAGGAAUCUAUAUUAAGCAGACAUUGCCAACAAACCAGACAACACAAUACGUACAUAAUAUUAUUAAAAGAAUUCUUUAUUUUUUCUGUAUUUUAUCGUACUACAAAAAGUGUGCCAUAAUUAUGUCUCUUCCUCCUAAAUUUUAGAUAUCUUGUUCGUUUUCAUCAACAGCUCAUUCUGUAGCUUGCUCGCAGCCGUUGUUAUUCUUACGCCAAGCGACGAAAAACUAGCGUCUGCUUACCCGAGCUGCACACAUUCAAUUCCCUUUGUUUUAGGAGCCAAUCAUCUGGCAGUGUUCAAAAGUGUUAGAGCCAAUUGGAAGCCGCCUUAUUGAGGAAUUAGCUACUGAGGAAAGCCCUUGCACGUGGGAAUAUAUUGUUUGGGUUGAAAUUUGUUUACUUGCGUGGAUAUAUUUUGGAAACUGUAGCGUUGAACUUCACGAUGUUUACGUAUAGAAUAAUGUUGUGAUCAUCUUCUCGCAUGUUCUGCAAACAAUCGGUGUAUAUAAAAUGCAAAAGGAUGAAUGCAGUAGACGAAAUUUAAAUUUUUGUUAACAAUGACAAACAAUCAAUAGGGAGACUCGGGUAUAUCAGGAUAUGUCCAAAUGUUGCUCUUGAGUCUUGAUACUUCCUAUAUGCCAUGACUUCGACGAAAAUUUCUAAAAGAUUAAACUGUUAAAAACGCAUUUUCAAACAUCGAACAAUUAAUUAGGGACUUUUAGCGAGAUAAUGAGCCUAAUUUACAGCAAUAACCAUUGGAAGGAUAAAAAAACUGUUUAAAAGUCUUUUAUUAUUUACAAGCUUUCUGAUGAUGCAAGUUAUAUUUGUCGCGAUUGAAUUCAAAAUUUCACAUUUUUUGUUAGAUAACAUUAACAACAAUUGUCGCCUGAAGACGGACAUUUAAAAUGUCCGAAACGUUGCAAAUUAAAUUAAAUUAACCUUUUGUAUAAAUCCUUGAGAAAUAAAAAUAAGUAAUAAGUUAUGAACAACAAAGGUGAAAGUUUUAGAAACAAAAUUUAAACAUUUUGUAUAGAGCAAUAAGAUAUUAAUUUCGUUUUUAUUAAUUUUUAAAAAAUUGGCCCUGCAGAAUUUUUUUAAAUACUGUCAAAUAUUGCAUGUAUAUAGUCUAUUAAACUACAAUUGGAUGAAAUAUCACGGGGCCAGUACGACUUUGUAGCUCAAUCCCUUCUCAACUUUUUCGUGUUCUCAUGACCUUGUGUGAGGUAAAAUCACGAUAUUGUUAUACAGGGUGUAUCAAAAAAGCUGAACAGAUUUGAAAUUGCUCUCAAUUUCGCAAAACACCUAUUUGUGUCCGGUUUUUAUAUAUAUAGCUUCUUUGGGUACUUAUAAUGUAGAAUAAUGAAAAAAAUUUCUCAAACUCAAAUUUUGUGAACCAGGGGGGUGUCUCUUUUCCAACAAAUUAAAAAUUGCUCGCGCACAAAAUUUAAAAGUUGUAAUCAUAUUUUGAGUUAAUAGAUAGAAAAGUUGUUGGGUUUUUAAUUACUGUACAAAAUGUCAGACAAUUUGGUUUAGUUUAAGCCCUUUAACUAUUCAUUUUAUUCUAAAAAAUCAGCCUUUCGCAUGCUUAAUUAACUGCCUUUACCUAAUUUGCAUAUUGCUGACAUAUGCAAAUUAGGCAAAUGCAUUAAUUAAGCAUGCAAAUAGCUGAUUUUUAGGAAAAAUGUAACUUUGCGUGAAUAGUUAAAGGGCUUAAACUAAACAAAAUUGUCUGAAAUUUUGUACAGUAAUUAAAAACCCGACAAAUUUUCCAUCUAUUAACUCAAAGUAUGAUUAUAACUUUUAAAUUUUGUGCGCGAGCCAUUUUUAAUUUGUUGGAAAAGACACACACCCCUGGUUCACAAAAUUUGAGUUCGAGUAAUUUUUUUCAUUAUUCUACAUUAUAAGUACCCAAAGAAGCUAUAUAUAUAAAAAAGGAUACAAAUAGGUGUUUUGCGAAAUUGAGAGCAAUUUUAAAUCUGUUCAGUUUUUUUUUAUACACCCUGUAUAGUAAAGUGGUUUACUAGUAAACAAUAUUCCAUUGCAAGUCAAAUCGUUUAAAUUUUAGUCUAAUUACUGGGUGACUGUAAUCAAUCUUGCUUUCGGAUUUCUCAACAUAUUUCAUCUGGCUUACCUUGGAGUCAUGUUUGAUGGCAACAAUUCCGGACGGGUUUGUAUUUACAUGCAUUAAAGUAUAAAUUGAAAAUUGCUAUAAUUGUUUCUAUGUGUCACUAUGUCAGUUUUGUAUAUAAGCCAUCAAUAGGAGACUAUACUAUUCAUAACUUAUUUUUGCCUUCAACUCUGCGGACUGUUCCAUUUAAUUUCGGUCCCUCGUGCAGGACAGACAAAAAACUGGUAAUUUGAUGGAUUUGCCGACCGUCAGUUUAGCAGUCGACACCCUGUAGUGUUUUCGAUUCAGAAUGGGAUUUUAGAAAUAGCUGGCGAUUUAAGCCGGGCAGACAAGCAAUUUUCUAUGACAUGCAAGUUUUUAUGUGACAAGUUUUAUUUGCUCGUCUGUACGCGCAACUUUGACAUUUUUUGUCAAAGUACAAAUUUUGUUCGUCUGUAUGGGUCAACAAAGAAAACUUGGCAAAGUAAUCUGAGCAUUUGAUGUGAUUGGCCAGCGCUCGCGUUGUCCGCUGUAUUAUUACAUUGCUGGCCACUAAUAAAUUGUCAAAGUAAACUUGUUGACACAUUCACACUAGUAAAUAAAACUUGUCAUAUGAAAACGUGUCAUAUGAAAACUUGUCAUAUAAAAUUUGUUGCAUAUACACAUGUGCACUUGGCAAAUAAAACUUGCCACAAAAACUUGUCAUAGAAAACUUGCUCGUCUGUAACCAGAUUUAGGCGCGAUCUUCGCAUUCAACGAUGGUGCGUACCCAUAUAUGCAGAGAAUAUAAUUAUAUAAUAAUGGAAGCGGGUUUUUUCCCGAUUUUGGACGUAAAGGGUUAUAAAGAAUCUAAAUGGAUUGGCACCACUGAUCUGAAAUAAGACUGGAUAACGCAUCUAUAGUAUACAACAGUGAAGCCGGAAGUCACCGGCGCCACCCGAUUCUGGGGCCCUACUUUUCUAUAGAUUUGUAUUACAGUAUGGUAGUUUUUCGCGUUUUUUGCCUUGGCUACGUUUCUGACCGGGCCAGUUUUACAAUCACAACGAUAGAAGCAUACAAGAAGAAUUUUGAGCAAAAAAAUUGGGGUAUUAUGGCUUUAUAACGCCGCGAAACGGGAUUUACAACUCUGAAGAUUGGGGUAUUAUGGCUUUAUAACGCCGCGAAACGGGAUUUACAACUCUGAAGGAGUGGUAAGCCUCAGACUUGGUUAUCAACACGAGCUCGUUUUGCUACUUUCAUACAAAAUCAACUCAAAAUAUACAAGAAUUACUGUUACUGGACGAAUAUUCUCAGGAAAUUUGAAGAAAUGAAGCAGCUACAUUGUGAACAAAAGCGUACUGAGGUUAGUUUUAAAAUACCUUCAGGCUACUUCUAUAAUUAUAUGAAUUAAGGAACAGUUUUAAAUGUCAAUUUUGUCAAGUGCAUUCCUCGACUUGUCGAGAAGUUUUAUAUGUUUUAAAGUAGGAAGACAAGUGACAAUUAAAUAUUUUUUAAUCCAAAUUAACAAUGACUCAAUAUUAUGUUAUUUUAAUUCAUAUAUAAUUAUAAUUAAAAAGUAGCCUCAAGGUAUUUUAAAACUAACCUCUGUACGCUUUCGUUCACAAUGUAGCUGCUUCAUUUCUUCAAAUUGCCUGAGAAUAUUCGUCCAGUAACAGUAAUUCUUCUAUAUUUUGAGUUGAUUUUGUAUGAAAGUAGCAAAACGAGCUCGUGUUGAUAAACAAAGUCUGAGGCUCUCCACUCCUUCAGAGUUGUAAAUCCCGUUUCGCGCCGUUAUAAAACCAUGAUAAUACUCCAAAUUUUUUGCUCAAAAUUCUUCCUGUAUGCUUCUAUCAUUGUGAUUGUAAAACUGGCCCGGUCAGAAACGUAGCCAAGGCAAAAAACGCGACAAACUACCAUCUUUAGCCUAAUACAAAUCUAUACAAAAGUGGGACCCCAGAAUCGGGUGGCGGCCGGUGACUGCUGGCUUCACUUUUGUGUACUAUAGAUGCGUUAUCCAGUCUUAUUUCAGAUCAGUGAUUGGCACAGAGAUAUUAUUUUCUUUCUAGCGGACAAUCAAUAUCUGCAUUAGGGUAUAUUUUCCAGAACCUAUAUAUGUAUUUGUAGUUCAACACUGUAUUAUUCUUUAUUUUUCUUUGAAAUUAUAUAUAUAUAUAUUGAAUGAUUAUAUAAUGUUACGUUUUAUACGUUCGCUGAAAAUUGAUAACUUUAAGAUUGAUUGUCGAAGCUAGUCAUGUAUAUCUCAUGCAAAAAAUUAUCACUUAUUUACUGAGACCGAGGGAAACAGUGUGUUUUGUGGACCCGAGACCGUCGAUGUUUCCCGAGGCGAAGCCGAGGGAAACAUCGACGGUCGAGGGUCCGCAAAACACACUGCUUUCCCGAGGUCUCAGUAAAUAAGUGUUUUAUUAUAUAUCAAUAGUCAAAGAAACAACAAAUUAAAGAACACAUAAACGUAAAUACAUGAAAUAUUUUAUUGUUAAAACGUUAUAUUAAACACUGGCUACACUGCAGUUACUUAAAACGAAAGUUUUAAUUACGUACUAGGCAUGUCUAAAGGUCGCAUCUUCACGUGAUGGCGCACGUGAUUUUUUUUGUUAUUCGCCUGUCGAUAACGUAUUGUCUCCCUCUCGCGCUGUUGCGAGGGAGACAGCCUAAUUUCGUCACUCUCACGUGAUAUGCUCUCAACCAAUAAAACACUAGAAAAAUGCGACUUUGACUAUUGAUAUAUAAUAAUGCUUAUAACAUUCGUGUGUCUGCCAUUUUUUGAUAUUCUGUGCUGCAGUUUAUUUGAAGUUUUCAAAUAUUUGUUAAUAAAGUCUUGCUCCAAUGCGUUGAUUUCUUUCCUCUUUUAGGGUUACGGUGUCGAACAUACUCUCGAAAAGUGGUCAGAGUUGAAUUAUACAAGUCAUUGGAUUGUCCUGGGGAUUUAUCUUGUUUCUGCUGUCUUGUAGUGCAUGAAAAGCUGAAACGAGCAAUUCAGCACUUUUUCAUGCAUGAUACAUGCUUGACCUCAUAAAAUCUAAACCGGAUACUAACAUCAAUGCUCCCAAUAACAACAGGAUUGUUUUUUAGUAUAAGAUGUUUGUAUAUAAGGGUUCAUAACUUUUAUUUACACAACGUUAACAUUUGCGAAAUAUAAAUUUCUUGCAAUAUCUAGCUUGAAGACACUAUAAUCACUGGUGGAAAUUCAGUUUAGGCCCGUUUCAGACGGCGUACUCUUCAUGUGCCGAACUUAAUUUUAUUAGAUGCGACACAAGAACGGCAGUGAUUCAAACGGCGUACCAAAUACAAUGUUAUUGACAAGGUUGGGGCGCAUUCGCCAGCGAAACCUCAAUAAAAUUCAAAAUAAAUAAGUUUAUUUUUAGACUAAAGUUGAGUUAAGUUUGACACAUGAAUGGAGCGGCGUAUGAAUCCAAUUAAUGUCGCUCCAACGUCGCAUAAUGCGACAAGCUCUGCCGAACUUGUGUCGAACUUUUGCCGCUCCAAAUUCUGCCGUACUUAAUUGAUUCAUACGCCGCUCUUCUGCCUUACCUAAUUCAUCAAUUAAGUUCGGCACAUAAAGAGUACGCCGUCUGAAACGGGCCUUAGACGAAUAAAUAAAAACAGGAUGUUUUAUUAGAAUACAUGCAUGCAACGACCCCUCGCCUAUAUUUUCCAAACAUUGUUUCAACAUUAAGUAUUCGUAAUUAUGCCAACACUGAACGCAGCCUCGCGUUGUCACGUCAUGUUAGUCAUGGCAACACGAUAAUUGUUUUUUAAACUUUUUGUACAAAUCUGAAAAAAAUUGAUGAAACUUGAACACUUUUAAAUACAGAAAUAUCAAUUUAUAAAAAUAUAAAGUAGGUAUAUUAUUUUGCUCAAAACGAAACUCUAUGUAAAAUUUUUUUAAAUGUGAAUUGAAAUUAACUGCU